AGGCCGCGCGGAGGUGAAGGAUGCUGGCGGGGAGGCCCGGAGCCCGGAGCGCGGUGGCGGGACUGGGCCCUGAAUCCGCGGACACCCUCGACAGAGCCCCCCUCGGCCCUCGGGACAGCGGCAGGCGUCCCCGACCUGGCGCUUACCUAGAGAUGAAAAUCCACCUAGAGAAGAAUUUAGAAGAAGAACGCCAAAUACUACUGCAGCAACAAAAACUAUGUCGCCAUCGAGCACGUAAAUAUUUUAUGGAGUCAAAUAGGAGAAAAAAAGCUUUUGAAGAAAAACGAAAAGAACAAGAGGAAAAAGAAUACCAAAUCAGAGAACAAAUACUUCAACAAAGAAAACAGAAGUUUGAAGAAGUUACUGAAAAAUUCCAGCGUGCCCAUAUUCCUCUUUCACAGCGGAGGAAAUCAGUUUUUCAAAAAUCAGUUCCUCCAUUAGAAGAAGCCCUCAAACAAAUACAGGAAUCCAAUUUAAAAUCAGAAGGAAAUCUUCCCUCUUCCCAUAGACCAACAAAAAACUGGAGAACUAUAGAUUCUGCCUUGCCUUCAGCAUUGUCAAAAAAUGAUCACAACCAUCAGAAACAACUGUUAUCCAAAAUCAAUUGUAAUAAAGAAAUGAAGGAAAACAUCAGGGCAAACUUAACUACUAAUAAAAAUGUAUACCAGCUUAAACUGGAGGAGACUCAGAGACUCCUAGAAGAUCAGCAUCUAAGCAGUUUGCAAAAAUUUUGUGAUGACAUUAACCAGAUAACCAAUUCUGAAACACUCUCAAGUAUAGACAGUCUUGAGGCUGGACAGCAUGAAGAAAUAUAUUUAACACUUCAUAAGGAGCCGUCUAUAUCAAUUCAGCAGAAUACCACUUCCCUCAAAUCAGCAAAUUUGCAAUCAACUAAUCUAAGCUGCCAUGAUGAAGAUAAGCUGUCAUUCUCUAAAACUCAACAUAUAAAUAAUUGGCUUACGAAUUUAGAUGCUCCAGAUACUCGGACUGUCACACCUUUCUCAGAUAUUUUAAGUAAAUCCAGUGUUCUACCUUCAUGGGAAUAUUUUAGUAGUAAAGAACAAAAUCAAUCUAAUUUGAGUAGAACUAUGGAAAAAGCCUCAAAUACUGCUAAUAAUCCAGAAGCCUUUGUACGUUGUCCGACCAUAUUUGUACUAGAUAAAAAAAGUGAAAAGACCUCUGAAACUAGCACUAUAAGGACAACUGACUCCACUUCUGAAGCAUUCAAAAAAGAGAGGCCAUUAGUUGCUCAGAACCCAGCAUUUAAAUUCAGCAAAGCCUGUAGCACUUCAGAUUCUGCACCCCAGGAAAUGGCUACAUUUUUGGACCAAGAGAAAUAUUCUGAAUUAACUCAAAAAAAUAGAACUACUUCUGUUCCUACCUCAUGCAUACCAAUGGCAACGCCUUUAGUUUUGCCAUCUAAUAUGCAAUCGGCUAGAACUUUAGCAAAGAAUAGUAUAUAUAUAAAGGAAGUCAACCCAAUACAGUGUUCUGAUAAGGUAGAUGAAUUCACAGAUGAAAAAAUAAAAUAUCUUAAUUGUAAUAAGGGAGAGUUGCCUUUAUUUUCAGACAGUUUUCAAACUGCGUACAUACCUCACAAUACUGACUCCAAAGAUGAAAAACAAACAUCAACAUCAUUGUCUAAUAUGAUUCCUAAUUAUGACUUAGUUAGCCAGCACCAGAAGAUAAAACACAACAUGCAUGAGCAAAAUGGUGUGAGGUUUCUUAAAGGUAUUUUAAAGAAAGAGUCUAAAUAUGAACAUGAUUAUCUUAAGGCACUAAUUGUUAAUCAAGGCUUGAAUUUUGGAAAUCAAAAAGCAGCAGCUAUCAGAGAUAGUAUUGAGUUAAAAAAGGAGAAAGAAAAAAGUAUAGAAAUCAUAAAGACUAUUAAAAAACUGAGGUGGUUUGAUGAAGCUAGUGAUAUAAAAAACAAUGAGGAAGACUGUCAUUCACUGAAGAAUAAAACAGGAAUAACUCGACAGUGGUCUCAACAAGUCCACAUUAAAAGUGGUGCUGGCAGCAGCAUAAUUAACGUUCCUGCUAGUGCUGGAAAUUCUGCUGAUAGAAAGAAGUCUGAGGAUGAUGCUUCCUCUGAAAAUGUCACUGCUUUAGGAGGAUCCAGAACAGACCAUGACCCUUUGAACUGUUCUGUACCUUCAGGUUGUAACUUUGCUAAACAAGCCUGGCCAGCCCCCCAGAAUGAGGAAAGUAAGAUCCCUGUACAUAAAGGUGAUUCUAAAACUCAGAAAGGUAACCCACAAAAAGGUGGAGCAAAAGUAAUUAUAAGAACAGGAUCUGCAAAAGUCCAGUCUGGCUAUGUGUAUAAAAACAGGAGAGGCGCUGUCGUCCGUCCACAGUCUGCAAGCAGAGUCAAUGCAUUUAUACGAACGCAGAGCAAAGCAAGUAUGCCACAGCUUCCUCCUAAAUCUACAUCGAAUAGUAGUAGUAAAAAUACAAUGCAAGUGUCUCAUUGUCAAUCAGUAAUACCUGAAAAUUCUCAAAACAUUAGUACACAUGACUUUUUAAAUUCAAAACACACGUUUCCAAUGGAGUACAGUUUCAGUCAGAGGAAUCAAGAAAGUAGUCCUCCACUCUCAAGUGCUUGUUCUGACCUGGUCACUGUGAUGCCAUCUCUACCAUCUUACUGUUUUUCUGAAUGCCAAACUUUAACAAACAUAAAUUAUCCAAAUGGCACUCAAACGGUCGCCCAGCAAAAUGGGACAGUAUAUUGCACCCAUAUUCAGCAUCCUGCUGAAGAAAGUUGUCAGUCUGUGACUCUUAAAACUACUGAAGAAGAAUCAAUCCCUUUGUGGAAAAGAGGACAUAAUAUCCUGCAUCAAAAUGAGAAGGCUGCUGAUUCUACUGUUAGGAGAAGAAAAGGAAUUGUCGAAAAUAAACGAAGAAGUCUUUUAGAGCAGAAAAGACAAAACCUUGGAUCUGUAGGACACAAGUACAAUAAGCAAAUGAAUAAUUUUAGACAAACUGUGCAACUAAGUUCAAGUGAGCCAAAACAAACCACAAGGGGGACUCCUAAUAUUGAAGAAGUUUCAGAUAGUACCUCUGAGUUUCUGAUGAUUGAAAAUCUAAUGAAAGCAUCAGUGCCUGAGGAUAAAAUUCUAACUGUCAUAAAUAGCAAGCAGUUACAGAAACGUAAUCUGGCUUUAAAUAAAACCCAACAAUUCAACAUCUGUACCCUGUCAGCUGAAGAACAGAAGAUUCUACAGUCCCUUAAUCAUCUCAAUGAAAGGUUGCACUAUGUACAAGAAACCAUUUGCAAAAAUCCAUCAAUCAGAAAUACUUUAAAAAUAGUACCAUUUCUGCAAAGUAGGUCACACAAGGACUUCCUGGGCUUCAAGGCCCUGCUGGGCUCUGGGCAUAGCAGUAAAGAACACUGA